AUGAAAACAUCAUCCGGAUUGGAUGGGCGGCUACAAGCCCUCACCAAGAGAUGCUUUUACAUACAGGUAAAAGAUUUAGAAGUUAACCGUGGAUCAGUCCUUCAUAACAUUGACAAGAAUAGUUUGAAAGCCGUCUUUUCAGCUUAUGCCGUUAUCGCAAAUCAUACGCUCAAGAAUGAGAUUGAUGAUGUUGUGGCUUUGCAAAUUAAUCGAGAUGCGAGUUGUAGGCUUGAAGGCGCUGAAGGAUCGUCCAGAGUAGUGGCAGCAAGUAGCGUCUCGCUGGGCAACUUUGCGGAUGUAUUUAACAUUGCACAAUGUUUUGUGGUAUUGGACAUACGGUAUCAAUACCUUCCCUGUACCAACACCGAAAAAUACCAUAAGAAGAUCAGGGGCAGCAUUUUCAAUACAAUACCGCGAUUCGAUCAAAUAUAG